AUGUACACGAUUUUUAAAAAUAUUUCAGAAGUGUGCAGCGGAGAGGAAAUUCCAGAAGUAGAAAUAAUUAGCUUACUCGAAGAGCAGAUACCAAGGUAUAAACUGAGAGCGGAUACUCUGACGCAAUUCACGGGAUACGAAAAUCAGGAUUGGUUCAUACCGGCUCCGGCAUUAAAACCGGAAAAACAAAGCGUUCUAAGUCCGGAACAAAUCCGCGAGACACUAAAUUAUUUCAGUAAUAAUAAUGAUAACGAAACGAAACGAACGAAAGGAAAAAAAAAAAAAAAACUGGUACCCUGUCCUUUGAUACUCGUUGUAUAA